AUGAAGAAGAAAGUGAAGCAAUAUGUUCAGCAAAUUGAGGUUUCAGCUCAAAAUCGCCAGUAUGUUCUUAAGGACUUCUCGAGAAUUCUGGACAAACAGAUUGAAAAGAUUGUCCUUUUUUUGUUGGAACAACAAGGCCAGCUUUCAAGCAGGUUGUCUAGCCUUCGAGAACAGCAUGAUGCCUUUAUACAGCAAGCAGAUGAUUCAAAAUUAUCUGAACUAAAAGAAGCAUACAGAGAUGUGGGACGGGAUCUUUUAAGGCUUCUAUUUUUCGUUGAAAUGAAUGCCAUUGGUCUGCGUAAGAUAUUGAAGAAGUUCGACAAGCGCUUUGGAUAUAAGUUCACUAAUUACUAUGUCAAAACGAGAGCAAAUCAUCCCUAUUCCCAGCUGAGACAAGUUUUCAAGCAUGUGGGUAUUUCAGCAGUUGUAGGAACCAUAUCUCGCAAUAUUGCAGAUCUCCAGGACCAUCAGGGGAGCCAUGUUUCAAUUUAUGAUGGACUCGCCAUGCCCCUCCCGGACCCUAUAAUUGAAUCUAUCUGCGCAGCUGUUGACCGGUUGACAAAUUCAACAAAUUUUCUAGAAUAUUUGGGAAAACAUGCACUUAUUAUGCAAGAGGAGUUACCAACUGUGUUGGAGGAUCAUGUUGUUGACGAGAGAUAUCAUUUCAUGUCCCUUACCUUGAACUUGGCAAGUACAUUUUUGUACAUGGUCAACACAUAUAUUAUUGUCCCAACUGCAGAUAACUACUCACUGAACCUUGGAGCUGCAGCAACUGUCUGUGGUGCUGUAAUUGGGUCAAUGGCUGUUGCACAGGUGUUCUCUUCGGUAUAUUUUAGUGCAUGGUCAAAUAAAUCAUACAUGAGACCUCUUUUAUUUAGCAGUAUAGUUCUUCUUGUGGGAAACACCUUAUACGCCCUGGCUUAUGAUCUUAACUCGAUAUAUGUUCUUCUAAUUGGUCGUCUAUUAUGUGGGUUGGGUUCCGCAAGGGCUGUUAACAGGCGUUAUAUCAGCGAUUGUGUGCCUCUCAGAAUGAGAAUGAAAGCUUCUGCUGGUUUUGUUAGUGCCAGUGCACUUGGAAUGGCAUCUGGUCCUGCACUCGCCUACUUACUUCAAACUGAAUUCAAGAUAUUUAAAAUCACUUUUAAUGAAGACACUUUACCAGGAUGGUUUAUGUCUCUUGCAUGGUUUAUCUAUCUAUUGUGGUUGUGGUUUUCAUUUAGAGAGCCUCCACAUGAGGAAAACGAGAAUAUUGUGACACGGCCAGCCAACUCUGGGAUGAUAGAAACAAGUGCAUUAGAGAAUGGGCUUAGCCAAUCAUUGCUAUUAAGCACAACAGAGAACCAACCAGGUGAAGAUGAAGACCAUGAAUGUGAUAUUGGGGAAGAAAAUUCUGAGGAAGAGAUCCACAAACCUGUCACUUCAAUUGUGUCUGCAUAUAGACUGCUUACACCAUCUGUAAAGGUUCAGUUAUUCGUAUAUUUCAUGCUCAAAUAUGCUAUGGAGGUUGUACUUGCUGAGUCAAGUGUCAUCACCUCAUUCUAUUUUGUCUGGUCAACAAGCAAUGUGGCAAUUUUCCUGGCAUUUCUUGGUCUGACUGUCCUUCCUGUUAACAUAUUUGUUGGAAGUUACAUCAGUAACAUGUUUGAGGAAAGGCAAGUUUUACUGGCAUCGGAAGUUAUGGUAUGCUUAGGCAUACUUCUGAGUUUCCAAGUGAUAAUCCCUUACUCUGUACCACAAUAUGUCUGCUCGGCUCUUAUCACAUUUGUUUCAGCUGAAGUUCUUGAAGGUGUUAACUUAUCGCUCCUAUCUCGGGUCAUGUCAUCACGACUUUCACGUGGGACCUACAACGGUGGACUGCUUUCAACUGAAGCCGGAACCCUGGCCCGAGUAAUUGCAGAUGCAACAAUAACCCUGACUGGAUACUGGGGUAUGAGCAGGCUCUUGAAUGCCACCCUCCUUCCUUCACUCUUCAUCUGUAUCUGCUCAAUUAUAGCCACCUGCUUCACUUACAACUCUCUCUACUGA